UUUCAGUAGUGCCUGGGACCUGUUAUUCGCGAACAGAUAGAACCUCCUAUGCUGGAUGCGAGACGCGGCAAUUAUGAUGGUGGCUUGGCACGUUCUACCGGACUUGCCAUCGAGCAGAACAGGACGAAGAAACUCAGCGCGUACGACUUCAGGGCAUGGGAACGCUAUGACGCUGAUAAGGAAAUCGAAAGGCUGGAAAAAGAAGAACUUGAAGAACAGCGGCUCAAGGCUGAGGCAAGAGUUGAAGCAAAAGUCACGGUUGAGCAAAACCGACUAAGACGAGCCAAGAAAAGAGAAGAUCAACUCCGCGAGGCAGGAAAAGCCCGGUACCAGGGAAACCUCUCUCCGUUCGAGAAAAGGCGUGCAGCGGAAAGGGAACGCAUCAAGGGCAACGAGUCUUUCAAGGUCGAGGAGUACGACGAGGCAUUCCGAUGUUACACGUGCUCUCUCGCACUAGACGAUUCGAACCCAAGGGUGUACAACAAUAGGGCCGCGACCGCACAUCACUUGGAACGAUUUGAUCAAGCAGAGGAGGACUGCACAAGGGCUAUUUAUCUGGACCCCGCCUUCAAGAAAGCCUGGAUGCGGCGGGGAAUGGUUCGCCACAGCCGUGGGAAGUACACGGGCUCCGUAGCUGACUUCACGGAGGCUCUCCUUUUGGAUCCAAACGACAAGCACGCCAAGAAGCUCCUGAAGCACAGUGCUGCGAAAGAACGGGAGGUGGAAGGAGAAGCUGCUGCUGGACAGAUGCAAGCAAAGCUUAAGAAGCCGGGGCGAAUCCUCAUCGAGGAAGUAGACACGCUAAAGGAGGAGGAUGAAGAACACUCAAUGGUGUGCAUUCCUACAACAAGUGCGGCCAUAGCUCCUCCUACUCCCGGAAACCAGAAGACCCUGAUUGCCCAUGGCUGGAUGGAAGUCGAAUGAGAAAGACUCUGUUUUUGCUCGUUUCUGUUGUGCGUAUACGUAUAAGUAUCAAUUUACCCACCUCGGUGGUUGGAUGCGAGACGGCUCAGGAUGUGGGGCGCCCAGAUUUGACCACUGUUGGCUGGAUACCUUUGAAUACGACCAACUUUCGGUCGAUGCGAGCGAAUCAAAUGGGGAGCAGCUUCCAUCAAAUGUAUCCGAACGUACAACAGAACUAGACCAGGGUGAUACUCUUUGGCCAGAUGUGUUGCCUAUCCAGUGUCUUGCUUGUGCUUUUCAUGCACGCGUUAGACCAAUGCCUCGGCUUCUUCGUAUCGGCUUGAAAAGUCC